GCAGCAGGCUCGCGGUGGGACCGGCGUGCUAGCUCGGGGAGCCGGAGCGGGGCUUGGACGCGAGGUGCGGCGGGGGCAGGCACGGAGCGCAGCUGUUCCCGGGUGGGUCUGGCGGAGGAUGCGGGAGAGCACGUGGGUGUCGCUGCUGCUGGUGGUGCUGCUGCCCGCGCCGCAGUGGGGCGGCCCCCAGGACGGCCGCCGAGAGCCGGAGCCGGAGCCCGAGCGCGGUCCGCUGCAACCCUUCGAUCUGCUCUACGCCAGCGGCGUGGCUGCCUACUACAGCGGCGACUACGACCGUGCGGUGCGUGACCUGGAAGCCGCGCUGCGCAGCCACCGGCGCCUGCGAGACGUCCGCACGCGCUGUGCCCGCCACUGCGCGGCGCGCCGCCCGCUCGCACCCCCGGGCGCCGGCCCCGGAGCCGAGCUGCCCUUCUUCCGAGCGUUGCUCGAGCGGGCGCGCUGCUCCCGCAGCUGCCAGAGACAGCGCCUGGGCGGCCCCUUGUCCCGGCACCGCGUCAGCGAGGACGUGCGCAGCGACUUCCAGCGCAGAGUGCCCUACAACUAUCUGCAGCGGGCCUACAUCAAGCUUAACCAGCUAGAAAAGGCCAUGGAGGCAGCGCACACGUUCUUCAUGGCCAACCCUGAGCACAUGGAAAUGCAGCAAAACAUAGAGGACUACAGAGCCACAGCAGGGGUGGACGCCUUCCAGCUGGUAGACAGAGAAGCCAGGCGACAUCUGGAGAGCUAUAAUGCAGGAGUUAAACACUAUGAGGCUGAUGACUUUGAAGCUGCCAUCAAGUACUUUGAACAAGCUUUAAGAGAAUAUUACAAUGAAGAUAUGGAGUGCCGAGCUCUAUGUGAGGGGCCUCAGAGAUUUGAGGAGUAUGAGUAUUUAGGGUAUAAAGGCGGUCUUUAUGAGGCAAUUGCAGAUCACUACAUUCAGGUGCUGGUCUGUCAGCAUGAGUGUGUGAGGGAACUCGCCACCCGCCCAGGCCGCCUCUCACCAAUCGAGAACUUUCUUCCCUUGCAUUACGACUAUCUACAGUUUGCCUACUACAGAGUGGGUGAAUACGUGAAAGCCUUGGAGUGUUCCAAAGCCUACCUGAUGUUCCAUCCAGAUGACGAGGAUGUCCUGGACAAUGUAGACUACUAUGAGAGCCUGCUAGACAACAGCAUUGACCCAGCAUCCAUUGAGGCCCGAGAGGAUUUGGCAGCAUUUGUCAAACGUCACAACCUUGAAUCUGAACUGAUAAAGUCGGCUGCAGAGGGUCUGGGAUUUUUAUAUUCUGAACCGAAUUACUGGAUCAGUUAUGGAGGACGGCAGGAUGAGAAUCGGGUCCCUUCAGGAGUCAACGUGGAGGGAGCAGAAGUUCAUGGAUUGUCAAUGGGGAAAAAGUCACCACCCAAGAUACAUCGAGACCUAAGAGAAGGUGGCCCUCUGCUCUAUGAGAACAUCACCUUCGUGUACAACUCAGAGCAGCUGAACGGGACUCAGCGGGUUCUCCUCGAUAACGUCCUGUCGGAAGAGCAGUGUCGGGAGCUGCACAGCGUGGCCAGUGGAAUCAUGUUGGUUGGUGAUGGAUACCGAGGAAAAACGUCACCCCACACACCCAAUGAAAAGUUCGAAGGAGCUACUGUCUUGAAAGCUCUCAAAUUUGGUUAUGAAGGCCGGGUGCCCCUGAAGAGCGCUCGCCUCUUCUAUGACAUCAGUGAGAAGGCCCGGAAGAUUGUGGAAUCCUAUUUCAUGCUGAACUCAACCCUGUAUUUUUCCUAUACACACAUGGUCUGCAGAACAGCCCUGUCUGGGCAGCAGGAUAGACGAAAUGAUCUCAGUCACCCUAUUCAUGCGGACAACUGCCUGUUGGAUCCAGAAGCUAAUGAAUGCUGGAAGGAGCCUCCUGCUUACACUUUCCGGGAUUACAGCGCACUCCUGUACAUGAACGACGACUUUGAAGGCGGAGAGUUCAUCUUCACUGAAAUGGACGCCAAAACUGUGACUGCCUCUAUUAAACCAAAGUGUGGGCGAAUGAUCAGCUUCUCUUCUGGCGGAGAGAACCCUCAUGGGGUGAAGGCGGUCACCAAAGGCCAGCGCUGUGCCGUGGCACUGUGGUUCACCCUAGACCCUCUUUACAGAGAAUUGGAGCGGAUACAGGCCGAUGAAGUGAUUGCCAUCUUGGAUCAAGAACAGCGCGGGAAGCAUGGACUGAAUAUUAACCCCAGAGAUGAGCUAUAGAAAAGAGAGUGUUCUAUCAAAUAUUUAUUUAAAUUGUUAAUCUUAUAAGAACCUUUUUAUUUUUGUACAGAGCCAUGGUAUAAAUUAACAGGAUAUGAUGAGACGCUAGGUUCCCCCUUCUGUCCCUGUCUCUGCUCGCUUCGCCCUCCUCGUGCCCUUGGUUUUCUUCAGUUCAUCAUUCAGGGCCCAGGCACAUCCCCAAACACACAUCUCACACACUCUGCAUGCCACACAGUCACACGGGUAAACAUGCAUCCCAGAUAUAUUGCAGAAGCACACAUAUGCCACUCACACACCACACAAACUCCUAAACAUGCCACACAU